AUGGGUCGUACCGUCGACCAGGAGGUGCACGCGGCGUUUGUCGAGUUCCGCGCCAAGGAAGAUGACAAGUGUCUCUCCGUCCAAUGUAUCUACUGCCAACAGAUCCGCGCAAAGAAUACUUCGCGACAGAAGCAACAUCUCCUCGAAUGUCCCGGCUUGCGCGGUCACCCUAACGCGCCCCAACCUUCCCAGCCCGCCCAGGCCUCCAACGGCAUCGGUCCUACCAACGGAUACCCCGGUACCCCCAAUGGUCCAACAACAGCUGCACCUGGCCCAACCGGUCCUUCCAUACCUACACCUAAUGGUACUUUGAUGGGAAAUGGUGUCAAUCCUCAUGCAACACCGAUCGGUACCCCAUUAGCGAGCUUGCAGAGUCGUCCUCCACCUAUGACAACUCCAGGCCCACCCGCUGUCGGCGCUCCCCCGGGUUCCGCGCCUUCGUCCGUUCCUCCACCGCGUCCUACUCCCAAACCAAAGGCUAAGCCAAGUUCUUCCAGCUUGCCUGCGCCUCCGCUGGAUGAUGUUCAUGCUGCCUUUGUUGAGUUCCGUGCUAAGGAAGAAGACAAGUGUCUGUCCGUUCAAUGUAUCUACUGCCAACAGGUUCGCGCAAAGAACACUAGUCGCCAACGACAGCAUCUACUUGAAUGCCCCACCUAUCUUAGCGUCAUGAAGGAUUCGAUUCCUGCCAACAACCUCCUCCACACAUUCCCUGAGGGUGAUGUUGCGCGAUCACUUCAGAUCCCUGCGCCCACUCUUGAGCUUGAUUUCCGCAUGAGCAUCAAGAUGAACCCCAAGGUUCCUGUCGGUCAGAGCAUUUGGGGCCACCGAGAAUGGGUCUCUUUUAUUGGUGGUCAAUGGGCAGGUCGAUGGGGCAAGGGUAUUGUUCUCCCCGGUGGUCAAGAUACCCAAAUCGUUACCAAAGAUCAAACUACCAAACUCAGCGCAAGCUACCUUCUCCAGACUGUUGAGGAUCCACCUGCUUUCAUUGUGGUCAAGGCUGAAGGCUGGCUCACCGGUGCCAAGGACGUCCUUGAAAAGGUCAAUGACCAAACUACUGCCGAUGGAAUCAACCCCAGUAGCUACAAGUACCGUCUCAACCUAUCGAUGGAGACUGGUGAUGAACGCUUUACUUUCUUGAAUUCUCUGAUGUGGAUCGGUAGCGGUUGCCGCCGCGGUCACGAAGUUAUCUUCGAUGCGUUCCGCGUCAACUAA